CAGAGAAUCCAUGGCGGACCCCAACCUCUCAUUUCUUGCUCUCGCCAUUCUCCUCCCAAUCUUCUUUCUUCUCUUCCUUAAACUCAUCGUCCGUCCUCGCCCCAUCAGAAUUCCAAUCAAAUCUCGACAUGUCUUCAUCACUGGCGGAUCCAGCGGCAUCGGCCUAGCUCUAGCUCGCCAAGCCGCAGCUGAAGGUGCCCGCGUUACUAUCUUAGCUCGUAAUCUCGAGAAGCUUGAGGAAGCCAAGGCCUCUAUCCGCCUCUCCACCGGCAUAGAUGUUGCUAUUAUUAGCGCUGAUGUAUGCGACUUUGAAGCCGUCAAGGAAGCAGUGGCGACUGCUGGUCCGAUCGAUGUUUUGGUUUGUAAUCAAGGCGUGUUUGUAGCUCAAGAGCUUGAGAAUCAGGAGAUGAAGGAGAUUAAGGGCAUGAUUGAUGUAAAUUUGAUUGGGAGUUUUAAUCUGGUUAAGGCGGCAUUGCCCGGAAUGAAGAACCGGACUGAUCGGAAGCCAGUUUCGAUCGCAUUUAUGUCGUCUCAGGCCGGUCAGGUGGGCAUUUAUGGUUAUACAGCAUAUUCAGCUAGUAAGUUUGGUCUAAGGGGAUUGGCAGAAGCGCUGCAACAAGAAGUUGUUGCUGACAACAUUCAUGUUUCGCUUAUCUUUCCCCCAGACACGGAUACACCUGGUCUUGUGGAAGAGAACAAGAGAAAGCCACGAUUGACAAGCAUCAUAGCAGCAUCCUCUGGUGCAAUGCAAGCUGAUGAGGUUGCAAAGAAAGCAUUGGAUGGCAUCAAAUCCGGGUGUUUUAUGGUCCCCUGCAAUUUGGAAGGAUUCUUAUUGUCCAUAGCUACUGCUGGUCUCUCUCCUCAGAGAUCAUACCUCAUGGCAUUUGUUGAGGUCAUUUCAGCUGGUCUAUUACGUAUUGCAGGAUUGUGUUUUCAGUGGACCUGGUACGGAAGCAUUGAAAAGUGGCAUGCACAACAGAAAUAGAAUUUGGAUGCAUAUUGCGGCAAUGAACACGGAUCCUAUCUCCUGGACUGAAUUUGACACGAUAACAUAUGAUGCCGGAUUUUCAGCAUCUGUAAGCACCAAUCAUCAUAUUCUUGCCUAUUUGCUCCAUAUUUGUCAAGAAUCUGAAGCUUUCCUAACGUGUUCUUGAUGGGUCCAACCAUUUCCAUCGCUAAAUUUAGUGACAAAUUUGCUACUUGAGGCUCAAUCAUUUUCGGCAAUUUACGUUUCAAACUUCUCUUGUUAUGCAUAAUUAGUCUUUUAUUAGCUUUAAAGCCAUCAGACAACUUAUCAAUUAACAACCAGCUUAUCAG